AUGGCCCUCAAUAAAAGUGCAACAAACCUGCAAAGUUUGGGUCCGAUCGGAAUGAUGCAAGUGGUUUAAAAGUGCAGGUCAAGGGUCGACCAACGAAAAGUCCGUUUUUUCAGCCAUAGAUCUCCGCGAAUUUCCCGGCCAUGUUUUUGAGGGAACAUCGCCGAAAGGGACCAGAAUAAACGCGACGGUUACGGUAAGUGCUCGCAAAGAAAACAUUUCAGAGAAAAAUAUAAAAUUUUCAGAUCGAGGACGACAAAUUCGUAAAACUGUGCCUCGGCGAGCUGGAACCAGUUCAGGGAUUCAUGAGCGGAAAGUUCAAAGUGAAAGGCGACAUUUUGAUGAUGCAAAAGCUGAACACGGUCAUGAGGGGCGUCCGCAAAAGUGUCCUCUAA